CUGGUAUCACACUACCUACCUCCAGGCCCUGGAGACCAAUGUCAAGAUGGCCUCCCUUUUAAACCUCCCCUUCGUCUCCUACUUCCUCCCCUCGUCGAUGACGGCCUGGUCCACCUCGCUCAACCUUUUGUUUUUCUACAUGACCUGGACAACCUUGGUCCUCAGCCAGUCGCCCUUCAAGCUCGAGAUCCUCGGAACUUUGGGCAUCCGCCUCGUCUUCUGGCUGCUGCCUUCUCUGGUCUUUCUCCUCUUCGACACGCUCUGCCCGGGCAUUUCGGUUUCGCUCAAGUACAAGGGCGCCGUCGAUUUGCAAGACCGCAAUGUUCGCACACACGCCCGCCUUCUAGGUCUAGGGUUACUCAACCUCUUGACUUCGACCGCCGUUCAGGCUCUUAUUUCCUUGGGCGUCAGCACCCUUUUUGGAGUGCCGGUUUUUCGGACAACGACCACCCUGCCGUUGCCAUGGCAAAUGGCCAAGCACAUCGCCAUUUUGUACUUGGGAAGGGAAAUCUUAACCUACUACAUCCACCGCUUCGUCCUACACGCUCAUCAUGAAAACUCGAAGCGCGGCUCCGGCUCCAGCCUAACCAACCGACUUACAAACUUGCACAUCCGCUACGCCCACGCCGGCAACAACCCCCCUUCUUC